GUUUUUGUCGAGCUCAUCUUUCUAAAUCACGCUUAAAAUGAUGAUUUCAAAUCUUUCCUGAAUGCUGCUGAUGUUUCAGCGCGUCACGUCUGAGUGAGGAGAGCUGUUCCACGGGGGGGCGCCAUCAAGCGAGCCGUCCAGGGGAAGAGGGACCCGCCCCUUGCUCCAUUUUCCUCCCCCCGCAGCACAGAAGCGGAGCCUGCGCGGUCUUUGUUGGCGGAUCCUCCGACGGACGGGAGCAGUCCUUCGAGCGACGGCUGCUUCGAUCGUCUGCUGGCGCCUUUUCACGACGGAUGAUGAACGAUAGACGGAACCCAGGUGUCCAGCAGCUGCUGGUGAUGAAAGAAGAAGAAGAUGCUACUGAGCAGCAGGAGUGCAGCUCCAGUCUGGAUCAGGAGGGACAAGAACCGUGUGUCAUCAAAGGAGAUCGAGACGAAGCGAAAGAAGAAGGCAGCGGGUUCGACGUCAUUCCUGUCGUCGUGAAGACGGAAUACGAUGACGCAUCCAUCAGCUGGACACAACACAUAAAAACAGAAGCUGAUGGGGACAGCAGUGGAGGACCAGAUGAAGCCAGCUCCCUCGAUACGCCCCACCACGCUGUCCGCCAGAUGUUGUGCUGUUUUCAAACUAAACACAGUGAAGAUGGGAGCGAAACCAGUCUCACAAAGUCAGGUUCAACCUCUUCCAGUGAGAAGACAGAUGGAGCUGAUCCCAAAUCACUGACCUGCUCAGGAUGCGGGAGAAAAUGUUCCUCAAAAUCUGGACUGGCGAAACAUAUAGUUUCCUGUUGCUUCUUACAGGCAGACCACCUGAACGAACAUAUUAUAAUGCACACCGGAGAAAAACCUUACGGCUGUGCCCAGUGUGGUAAAUCUUUUGCACAGAAAUGGACCCUUAAGCAACACAUGACAACUCAUACUGGAGAAAAACCUUUCCUCUGCUCUCACUGUGGUAAAGCUUUUACACAGCUAGGAAACCUGCAGCAACACAUGAAAAUUCACACAGGAGAAAAACCUUUUAGCUGCUCUCAGUGUGGUCAUUGUUUCACACAGAGAGCAAGUCUAGAGAAACAUCUGAGAGUACACACUGGUGAAAAACCUUUCAACUGCUCCCAGUGUGGUACAGCAUUCACACAGAGAGAGAGCCUGAGGAAACACAUGAAAAUUCACACUGGAGAAAAACCUUUCAGCUGUAGUAUGUGUACCAAGUGUUUUGCACACAAAGUGAACCUGGAAAAACACAUCCGAAUUCACACUGGAGAAAAACCCUUCAGCUGUUCUUAUUGUAUUAAGUCCUUUACGCAGCUGGGGAACCUGCAAGAGCACGUAAGAAUUCACACGGGAGAAAAACCUUUCAGUUGUUCUUAUUGCGGUAAGCGCUUCACGCUGAACGAAAGCCUGAAGAAACACAUGAGAAUUCACACUGGAGAAAGACCUUUUAUUUGCUCCCAUUGUGGUCACUGUUUUGCGCACCGAAAGAGCCUAAAAGAACAUCUAAGAAUUCACACUGGAGAAAAACCUUUUACCUGCUCUCAGUGUGGUAAUUGUUUUGCGCACAGAAAGAGCCUAAAAGAGCAUCAAAGAGUUCACACUGGGGAAAAACCUUUUAUCUGUGCUCAGUGUGGUAGUUGUUUUGCACACCGCAAGAGCCUGAAAGAACACACAGCAGUUCAUUCUGGAGUAAAACCUUUCAUAUGCUCUCAGUGUGGGAAUUGUUUUAAGUUGAAUAGACAACUGAGGGCUCACAUGAAAAGCCACGCCACUCAAAGCUGAAGUAAAAGCCAUUGUUUUGCCUAUCGUGAAACACAGGCAAACUGGUUCACUCUCGCUGAAUGACAUAUAAAGCGCACAAUGGUUUGCACCUUUCAAUAAAGCAAAGUCGG